UUCACAAUACCUAGCCUAGCUGCUCUUCAUAUGUUGACAUUUGCACAGGGUUUCAGCAACAACGAGCGUCAAGCGGCCGCAAGGGCAUUGCUUAGGCACAAUGCGCACAUUGAUGGCACUCAUUACCACACAAGGAAACCUGCUGGCCUUCACCUGGCAUACGUUGCCUUCAAUAAUGAGACCAAUGGUAAAGAGAGGACUCUCACUCACAUUGAACUAGUUGAGGCUGCGCUCCAGGAUCUGUUUGAUGCAGUAACCACACAAGACCGCAUUGAUGGCGGAAUCUCUCUCCUCAUUCGAUGCCCAGGCUCUGAAGUGUCUUCAACAAUCUUGCCUCAGGAACUUGCUCUUGACCUCUACAUCACACCCCGCAAACUUCAAGAAACACCACAGCACAUCAGCAGAGAUGUUGCUGCCUUA